GGAAAAGAGAGGAAAAACUAGGAAACAAAUUCAACGUCUCUCUCUCUCUCUCUCUCUCUCUCUGUAGCUCAAGCCUUCAUCGCCGUCGUUGAUUAAGCCAAGUAACUAGAGAGGAAGAUACCCAGUUCCUAACCCAAAAAGCUAAAGAAUGGAAGCCCAGUUCACCGGCAGAGCCACCGGAACUUCCUUCCCCGGCCGAUUAGACAUCGAUCAGAUGCCGGAGACCCCACAUCGUGGAUCCCACCACCGUCGGGCUCAGUCCGAGACUUUCUUCCGCUUCACCGACGACAUCCUCUUUGACCCUGAUGUCGACUUCAAUCUCUCCGCCCUCGACUUCCCUUCCAUCUCCGAAGACACCACCACUACCACCGCCACAACCACCAACGACAACAACGACGUUAGUGUCCCCAUGACCGUUGAUUCCACCACCGGAGAUAAGGGCAAGGGGAAGUUGGCAGUUGGGACCCAUUUCAGGAGCUUAUCCGUCGACUCUGAUUUCUUCGAUGGCUUAGGGUUUCAACCGUCGCCUGUCGGUGGUGAUGGUGGCGGCGGCGAAGCUGACAAGUUUGGCGGGAGAAAUGGAGUCCCCGAAAAGAGGAUGCAUAGGCAUAGCAGUUCCAUGGAUGGGUCGUUGUCUUCUUUCGAAGUGGAGACGCUUGACAGUACUAAGAAAGCUUUGGGACCCGAUAAGCUUGCGGAGUUGGCUUUGAUUGAUCCUAAGAGAGCCAAGAGGAUUCUUGCAAAUCGGCAAUCUGCAGCGAGGUCAAAGGAGAGGAAAAUUCGAUAUACUAGUGAGCUGGAGAGGAAGGUGCAGACACUUCAGACUGAGGCAACCACCCUAUCAGCACAGGUCACAUUGCUGCAGAGAGACACCACUGGAUUGUCUGCUGAGAACAAAGAACUCAAACUGAGGUUGCAGGCUAUGGAGCAACAAGCGCAGCUACGAGAUGCUCUGAAUGAAACCUUGAGGGAAGAAGUACAGCGGCUCCGGAUAGCUACUGGCCAAGGACCAGUUAUGAAUGGCAACUCCUUCACCCGAGGAGGAUUGCCACCGCCAUUCUUCUCUCCGUCCCAGCCUUUGAGCCAUUUUGGAAACCACCAAACACAGCAGCAGCAGCUUCGCACUCAGUCAUCUCCCAAUGGCCAGAAUCUAAGGGGACAGCCCCAACAGGAUUUCCAGCGGAGGACCCAGUAGUAUCCCUGUCCCUGAAAAUUUGGUGCCGAAGUGUCCCUUUUAUGACAAAUUGGUGGUUGCAAGUCAGAAGGUAAAUUGUUAUAGGGUUUUUUUGUUUUUUGUUUUUUGUUUUUUGUAUAUACUAUGUAUAUUCGUAUAUGCAUAUGCAUAUGCAUAUGUGAUGCAGGUAGGGUUGUGAAGAGUGUCUUUACUCUGAUCAGUCCUUUCCUUAGAAUAGGAUGUAGCAGAUGGAUUAGCUUCUAAUGGACCACCAUGUUGAUGGAUGAAUUUUUCAGUUCAA